ACCUGUGGGUUUGUUGUUAUGGUGGAAAGGUGACCAGAGUGUCCGGUGUUACAUGCUCGGUUCCUGCCAAAGAAAAUGGCUAGUAUGGAAGUAGAUGAAGAUGUUGCAGCAGAGGCCACCUCCUCAUCCCAGUCUGUUGCAGUGGAGAGUUCGAGUCAGGCUGCAGGCAAUACCUCAAAUUUUACAGCCCCAACCUCUCCAGCACCACCUGCACAGCCUGCUACAGGUGGUGGAAGUGUAGUGCCCUCAGUGAUGUUAGCCCAGGAAAUUCUGUAAUGGCAUCCGCUGGGACCGUAGGUAGUGUGUCGGUCUCUCUUCACCCUCUGGUCAUAUUGAAUAUAUCAGAACAUUGGACUCGUCAACGUGCUCAGGAGGUUACCAGUGAAGUGCAAGUGCUUGGAGCCUUGAUUGGAAAACAAACCGGUCGUCGUCACGUAGAGAUAAUGAAUUCCUUUGAGCUGAGCUAUGACAUGCUGGACGGAAACAUCAUCAUCAACCGUGAAUAUUAUACUCUAAAAGAGGAGCAGUAUAAACAAGUAUUCAGUGACCUUGACCUCCUUGGCUGGUAUACAACUGGGGACACACCAGGACCCCCAGACCUGCUGGUUCACAAGCAGAUUUGUGACCUCCUAGACAGUCCGAUAUUCCUCAAGCUCAAUCCCAUGGCUCGGCACACUGAUCUACCGGUAAGUAUUUACGAGAGCGUUCUGGAUCUUGUGAAUGGGGUCCCCACCUUGCUCUUGGUUGAACUGCAGUACACCCUUGCAACAGAAGAGGCGGAGCGCAUAGGUGUUGACCAUGUAGCGAGGAUGUCUUCACAUGAUGUACAGGAGAGCUCAAUUGUGGCAGAGAACUUGCAGGCACAAUACAGUGCGAUAAAAAUGUUGGCCAGCAGAGUGCGUCUUAUAGCUGAAUAUGUUAAGGCUAGUCAGCGAGGCGAGGUAGAGUUCAAUCACGAGAUCUUACGUCAGGUUAAUGCUUUGGCUCAUCGACUACCUGUCCUCAACAGUGAGAAGUUCAGGGGAGAAUUCUAUAAUCAAUGCAAUGAUGUGGCGCUGAUGUCCUACCUAGGAACUAUCACCAAAUGCUGUAAUACCAUGAACCGUUUUAUCAACCGAUUCAACCUCCUACACGAGAGAUUGGCAAUGGGACGUCGUAUGCGAGGACUUUUCUUCUAGUAUUCCUUUUCUUUUCCUUUUUUCUUUAGUACUCAUCAGCAGUUAUUAAAUAUUCAGCUGAUAAUAUAGGAGAUCCUUGAAACCAGACAAAUAACCAUUAUUAUUAUUUUUUUGUUUUUUUUAGAAAUUGUUUGACAUUAAUUUUCUUCCUCCUUUGCACACAGAAGAAUUUGCCAUGUUAUCAUUGAUUAUGUACUCAGUUCUGUCUUAAUAAACUUAAAGUUAU